AUGAAAUUACGAAUCCCAAGACGGAUAAAAGUAGAGGAUGAUUCUUCAGACUCAGAAAAUGAGCCUAUCACAUCAACAUCAUCUGGAAAUUUUACAAAUGCACAAAAUAAUAUUGAGAAUGAAAUUGAAAAAGACAAAGUGCUAUCGUUCGUAACAAGUGAUACGGGAUACAAUGGUGGACUUAGUGUGAUAAGUGGUGCACCGACACGAACAACAUCAACGUUAACACCAACAACUUUAAGAAAUAUUGAACAGACAUUUCAAGAUCUCACAAAUGAUUUAUCACAAUCCACUCCUUAUCAAGCGGGUUUUGUUCCACCUCUUCCAGCGCCUAUAACAAAUCAAGAUCAAUAUGUAGUGCCUGCGUAUCAGCAAUCACAAGCAAUGAUUCCAUCAUUUUUAACUGAAGAAGCAAACAAUAGCAUUGAGUCGUUAGAAACCAGUUCAAUGUCAGACAGUUCGUGGCAUACACCCCCACCAUCCAUGAUGGACGAUGUAAAGGGAUCAUCAUAUGGAAAAGGUCGUCCGAGAACAAAUUAUGCAUCGAGUUCUGCAUCCACACAAAGUAAUGAAAAGCCACGCCGAAAUGUUGGGGGAAGGAAACCAAAUAAACCAUCAAAUAUCUCGCCUGAAGAAGAGGAAAAAAGAAAAGUACGCCGUGAGAGAAACAAACAAGCUGCGGCAAGAUGCCGUCGUCGGCGUGAAGAUCAUACACAUGAACUGCAAAAACAAGUUGAUGCUAUGGAAGACAAAAAGCGACAAUUAACCACCGAAAUUCAACAAAUGAAUAAAAUGCGUGAUGAGUUAUGCGAAUUAAUAGAUGAACAUAAACGAUCUACUGGUUGUAUUAUAGGCGAUAGGGAGUCACCAGCUGACGUAAAGCCAAAUUUAAAUGGAAAAAUAGAGAAUGUUCUUGAAAAGUUUACAUCAAAACCAUCAACAACGAUGUCGAUACAACGUCCUGCAAAUUUCACAAAUUCAUUUAGCAAUAAUAAUAAUAAUAAUACCAUGAAUGCCAAUAGUAAACUAUCACUCAAAAUUAAAGCUGAACCUCUCGAUCUCUAUGACGAUGAGCCACCGAUUAAAAAACGAUGCGAGAUGCUCUCAGGACAAGAAUAUGAUAUUACAACUCCAACAACACCGUACAUGCCUCAAUUAAAUACACCAACUUUUAUUCCAAAUAAACAGUCACUGAUAAACAAACCAAAUCGUCCAUCUUCUCUCAAUGUGCCUGCAAAUUUAAAACCAUCUGAAGCACUUCAACGAAAGAAUGUAACCGAUCUUGCUGGCAUUAAUGUCUGUACUCCAUCAACAGGCAUGUUUAAUUUCGAGUCACUCAUGGAAGGUGGUACUGGUCUAACUCCAGUAUCAAAUCCUCUUAUUCCAUGUUCAACACAAAAUCGCAACCCAUUAGAAAUGCUUAAUACUCCCACUAGCGGAAGCGAACCAAGCAAACUUGUUAGUCUUUGA